CAGAAUUCUUCCCAUCCAUUAUUUUAACAUGGCGCACGUAUUAAAAACGCUCAACAGCUGGUUCUGGUGGGAGAAUAUCUGGAUGCCCAUCAAUUGCACAUGGGAACAUUUUGUAGACCGUGAUGGACUCGUCUUUCCAAAACCACAUCAGUUAUAUGCCACAAUUCCAUAUGCUUUUGUACUUCUGAUUAUCCGAUUCUUCAGUGAAAGAUUUGUUGCUAUACCUGUAGCAAAAGCUUUAGGUAUAAAGAAUGUAAGACGUGUGAAGCCACAGCCUAAUCCUGUGUUGGAGAGUUAUUUCCUGGAGUGCUCCAAACAUCCAUCCCAAUCAGAUAUCCAAGGUCUUGCCAAAAAGUGCAACUGUACUGUCCAUUUGGUGGAAAAGUGGUUUCGGAGACGGCGAAACCUUGAGAUCCCAACAGUGCUUCGGAAAUUCCAGGAAGCUUUCUGGCGAUUUUCCUUCUAUCUUACAUCCUCCAUCGCUGGAUUUAUGUUUCUGUACGACAAACCUUGGUUUUACGACAUAUGGCAGACAUGGGUUGGCUAUCCAUUUCAGACUCUGCUGCCCUCCCAGUACUGGUACUACAUGGCUGAGAUUAGUUUUUACUGGUCUUUGUUGUUUAGACUCGGCAUUGACAUCAAGAGGAAGGAUUUUCUGGCUCAUGUCAUUCACCACUUGGCAGCCAUUGGGCUGAUGAGUGGCUCUUGGUGCGGCAAUUACGUGCGUCUGGGAACACUGGUGAUGUUUGUGCAUGACACAGCAGAUUUCUGGCUCGAGGCAGCCAAAAUGUUUAAUUAUGCUCGAUGGGAGAAAACCUGCAAUAUACUCUUUAUCCUCUUUGCUGUCAUGUUCUUCAUCACAAGAAUCAUCCUCUUCCCCUUUUGGAUCCUUCGUGCCACAUUAUAUCAGCCUACAUACUACUCCACAACUCCUGUCAUAGCAUAUUUUUUAUUCAAUGGGCAGCUGUUGAUCCUCCAAGGCUUGCAUCUCUAUUGGGGUUACUUAAUUUUCAAGAUUUUGAAAAGGUUCAUUUUCUUAAAGGACCUGAAGGAUGACCGGAGUGAUGAAGAGGAGGAAGAUUCUGUUACAGAUAAUGAAGAGGAAUCCACAAGAAAUGGGAACAAGAGUGGCUGUGGGUUGAACAAACAUCUCCUGAACAGCAGUCACCACUAG